AUGAUGUUGGAGGAAUCGCUGCGACGCGUGGCAGCUCCCUCGCCCGGCCUUCCACCGACACCGACGCCGGUGCCACGCUCAGACACGAGUGUCGUCGGUCCAAGGAAGAAGUCCGACCACAGGGCCCAGUUGACGUGGAAGAUGUCACUCGGCGAGGGGCUCAUUUGCGUUGACUUUCUCCCUGGGCCCAGCAUGCUGGCAAUUGGCAGCACAAAGGCAGUGCACCUGGUGGAGGUGACGCAGAUGAGUCGCACCGGAUCGGCGGCGGCAGAUGCCCCUCCCGCGUCGUCCGUCGCCGCCGCCGCCGCCCCGGUUUCCUUGGCGCUGCGGCCAUGCGGCAUGUUCGGCAACGUGGCAAAGGUGGAGGCCCUUGCGUGGUACCCCGGCCGCGGGGAGGCCGUGCUCGCCAUUGUGCAGCUGAGCCGCAACGUCACAGUGCUCUUUGACGCGCUGGCACGGAAGGGAGAUGCCUACAUGGCGCAGCAGUGGAUUCACAACUCCAGGCAGCGCACCCUGUUCUCCGCGACGGUGGCCGGGAGCGAGCCUCUGAGCGCCGCCGUCGUGGGCGCCGCCUCCACGCCCUCCACCCCGUUUGGGGCGGCCGUGCAGGAAUGGCAGCCGGCCCAGUUUGUGGAGCGCGAGCCGGGGCGGCCGUGCAGCAUGGUGGAGGUUGUGAUCAACACGGGGUUCCUGCGGGUGGAGCGGAUCGCGUGGGACCCGCACAACCCCUACACGCUCGCGCUCACCUCCAACGCGACGCACUUUGAGCUGUGGACCAUCCCCGUCGUGGACAAGAGGGUGCACCCGCCCCGCCUCACCCUGCGCCCCCCCGCCCACGACGAGCGCUCCGUGACGCGCGGGGUCGCCUUCUCCCCGUUCGACCCCAACCUCAUCAUCGUGGUGGUGGAGAUCGCCAACGCGGGGAAGGUGCUUGUGUACGACCGUCGGCACGUGGAGGUGUCGUGGAGCAUGGACACGACCGGGCCGUCCCUCUCGGCCGCCUUUCACCCAACCUUCUCCGACCUCCUCGCCGUGUCCUUUCGGAAAGCAAAGACAAAGACAAACUCAUGUGUGCAGUUUUUCCGCGUCGUGAGUGACGUCAUCGCGGCGCCGGCGGGGGCAGAGGCAAACUACGGCGGUGAGAAAGUGACAUAUGCCCCGGCCCCGCUGGAGUCCACCGACGUUUUGCCCCCCAUCGACAGCAUUGACUCCCUCAGUCGGCUACGGUGGCGUCCCUGCGGGAGCGCCUCCCACGCCGCAGGCGGAGAGGCCGCCGUGGACACCAGCGACGGCGGCGUCGACGCCACAUCGGCAAAACUGUGGUUCGCCACCACGGCGCUCAACGGCCACGAGAUUAGUGUGUGGGACGCCGCCAACGGAUUUUGUCCUAUUUUUUCAAUCCGAACGGUCUGUCAAAGGCGCGACUUGGCUCGCCAGGGCGUCAACCAGAGGGAGUCGACUCUGCAGGAGUUGCCGUUGCAGGAGCCAACGGACUGUGUCUGGGUGAACGCACUAACCCUCGUCUCUGUCUUCAAGGACGGGGGGGUUGUGCUCACCUCCCUGCUCGAUGAGAAAGCGACGAGCAAAGACACUCUGUUCCGCUGCAGUACCGAGCAGACGACGCAGGUGUCUGAGGGGUCUGAUGUGCUCAGUCUCAGCGCCAUACUCCCUACGGCGGCGGUGGUGGCCGAUUACUUUGGACGCAGCUUUGCGGUGCGCAGCACCUCCUCGCUGCUGCGCGAGCACUACACCAACGUCAUCAACGCCGAGAAGAAUGAACUGCUGGAGCAGUUGUUGGCGUCAGAGAAGAAGCAAGCCGUCAGUGUUGACACGAGCCACUCUGCCUCCACGAGUUUUUCGCCAGGGGCUGCCAGGCAUCAGAGAGAGUCCUCGCGUGCCACGCCCACCAGUGGAGUGACGCUUGACACACGCUACUCACCGCAGCUCUCCCACUGGUCCACGCAAACCCCAGUGCGGCAAACCACCUUUGAACGACGUUCUGCGGGUUCUGCGGCCAGCGCCGCUGCGGCAGCAGGGGCGUCGCCCAGCGGCGGCAGGCGGCCGGAAUUUAUCUUCCCCUUCCUGUUCUCGCUUGCCUCGUCACCGUCGCCGUCAAUAUCCCUGGCGGCAGCGCGGGUCGAGCGGGGUGCCGUGAACGACGAUGUCGAAGGCAAGGGCGCGGACACGCUUCGGCGGCGAUCGCCACACUUGCUGUCUGCUGAUCCGCGGCACCGCGCAUCGAGAAACGGACCGGAGAUACACACUGAGCACGGCCUGGACUGGGCCGCUAAGACGCGACGAGGGUCGUUUGCGACAAGCUCUGCCGCUAUAAACGAACAACCUUUCGGCGAGCGACACGGCCUGAUGUUGCCUAUUAUGGCGCUCACGAAGGCUGUGGCGGUCACCAGUCCAGUGUCCCCAACACAUUCGGACGAAGCAAAUCUUCGGCAGAUGCGCCUCUUCACGCCCGUGGGCCGCAAGUACGGAGGCACCCUUUCCAUGCUGCACGAAACGCAGGCGGUGUGUGUCAAUCCUCUCCCGGGGCAAGGCGUAGAUGCCGCGGCAGGGACUCCCACACAGGCGCCGCCGCUUGGACGAAGAUCCCUCGUCAGACCCACGAUUGACUGCUUCGUCCUCUCCAAUGCGAUGUGUGGGUGGGCGUACGUGGAGCGCCCGGCCGAGGAGGACACGUUUGUGCUGUACGCCUUGAAGUGGGAGAUGGGCUACGAAGAGGCACGUAGGAUGAAGGCAAGUCGUCCGGCGGCGACGGAAGACGUGGAUCGCUGCUUUGCGCGGAUGAUGGCCUACAACGCCGGGGUGUGUAGGUCACGCGAACGAGACUUGCAGCGGCGGGGCGACGGAGACGGCGCGGGUACCUCCCCCAUGAGCGGCGCGGGGCGCAGGGAACAGCCCGUAGGCUCGGCGGACCCCAGGGGCCGGCUCUGGGCCGCGGCCGCGCAUGCGUGGCGUAGCCACAAUGUGGCUGUCAUUACCUCGCUCGUGUGCAGUCACCUGGAGUAUGCCUCGCUUGUCGGGGACUUGCAGCUGUGUGCCGUGUUGUAUUUACUUUUUUGCCUCUGGUGGAAGCAACGCGGAGACUCUGUGGCGAGUUAUCCAUGCCCUCUCUUUCCGCCUGACGAGGCACCGGUGCGGAACGGUCAGUCGGGUAAACAGUCUCCGGCGCCUGCCACGAGCAGCUCCCCGUGGCAGUGGAGGCUGCGUGCGCUGCAGUGGGUGGAGCAGUACGUCACUCGCCUCUACGAAAGGAAGCUAUACGUGCCGCUUAACGAGCUCCUCGUGAUUGUCCCUGAGGUGCUGGGGGUCUCCAGCCCGGGGUUGCCGCGGGCGGAGGACGUCGCCCAGAAAUUGUUCACCUGCGUCUACUGUGGAACGUGCCCCAAGUCGGAGUUGGUGCCGCAGUCUGCGAAGGCGGGUGAGCUGUCGUGCUCGUACACCACGACGCCGCUGACAUGGCCUGAGGCGAGUGAGAGAGGGCAGGCGCCGUGGAGCUCGGACGAGGACUCAAGCGACAGCUUCACGGCCUCCCUUGUCUCCUCCUUCUCCUGUGCGUGCGCCGGAGAGGAGGCGACGGAAAUUGAAAGCGGUAACAAUAGCGUGGUUGCCGCAAAUGAGCGGGGAAACGGGAAUGGGUCACUGCAACCUCCGCUCUGCUCCCAUUGCGCCCAGCUGCGAAACGCGGUGUGCUGCCGUUGUCGAACCACGCCUCUUAUGACCUGUGUCAUCUGCGAGGAGGUGGUGGAGGGGAUGUACAUGUGGCUGCUUUCCUGCGGUCACGGGGGGCACGUGCAUCAUAUACAGGAGUGGCUGCAGGUCUCUAACGAAUGCCCACGGUGCGGCAUCCCCGUUCUGCACUCCCCCUGA